AUGGAUGCUUCUGACUACGCUGUCAGUGGAUACCUGUAUCAAGUUGACGAUAGUGGCAAAGAGCAAGUCAUUAGCUAUGGCGGCCGGAAGGCGAGCGAAGGGGAGAAAAUGUAUCCUACUCGCGAGAAAGAGCUCUUGGCGGCUUUACAUGCAAUGCGGCUGUGGAGAGUUUAUCUCAUCGACAAACCAUUCUUCGUAAACAUGGAUCACUGCACUUUGCAGUCUAUCCUGGAACAAAAGCCAUGCUCGCAGCGGUUGGCUAGCUGGCUGAACGAGCUCGGCUCAAACCUACCACUUUUUCGCUGGAUACCUGGAACGUCCAAUGUUGUCGCCGACGCAAUCUCUCGCAAUCCUGCCUUUGAGCCAACCGAGUCAGCUCAGCACGUGUCCCUGGCCAGCCUUCUACAACAAAUUACCCACCAGUCAACCGCGGAUGACGUGUACCUGCACUACAUGGCUGUACGACCAUCCACCCAUCAGCAAUGUACUCGGCUCUAUCGGCAUGAUGCUACAGUCGGUCUUCUGUACAUGUAUCUCGCGACGCGGGCGGAUAUUUCAGCACCACCGCCAGUUGAAGUGCCACGAAUGCUUCGGGCAAACCUGAAUCACUUUUUUCUCGAGGACGGCUUAUUGUUCUACCAGCCGAGCGCGGACUUGGCACGCCGAUUUUACGACAUUGACCUGCGCAACGCGAUAUUUUUCGAGCAUCACGACUCUGGUACAAGUGGGCACCCUGGAUAUUUGAAGACGCUCAUCGCUCUCCAGAAUAAAUUUUACUGGUCCCGCAUGGAUCGAGCUGUACGUCGCUACGUGGCAUCAUCCCAACGCAAGGCAGCAGGACUUUUGCAUCCUUUCGAAGUGCCUGCGAACCGCUGGACGAAUAUCACCAUGGAUUUUGUUACUGGACUCCCUUGCGGUCGCCGCUCGAAAAGCGACGUGAUCAUGGUGAUCGUGGGUCGCUUGACCAAGCGUGCCCAUUUUGUUUUAACUACAACUACUUGUACUUGUACUGCCGAUGAAGCCGCGCGUGUAUUUCGUGACCACUAUCAGCGCGUCCAUGGUCUGCCGUUAAGCAUUGUAUCGGAUCGCUACUCGAAGUUCACGUCCAAGCUCUGGACGGAGCUCAUAUCAUUUCAACGGACCCAACUUCGGCUAAGUUUUGCCUUCAGACCGGAAACUGACGGACAGACUGAGAAAACCAACCACUUCGUGGCCGACUACGUCCGUGCAUUCGUUAACGUACGGCAUGAUGACUGA